UUGCCAACAAUGGGGAAACACAAUGCUGGACGCCUUGUUGCCAUAUUGUUGUCUAUCGUGAUCUAUAGUGUCACUUUGGUGGUCAACGCUCUUUCUGUUAUGGGAGUAGGACCCUUCAGUACCACCACAGGCAACGUGUCUGAUGUUUUUGUGACGGAGGUCACCCCGUCGGGAUGGACCUUCAGUAUAUGGAGCGUUAUCUACGUGUGGUUGACAUUCGUGAUUAUCUACUUCCUGGCUAACCUUUGCAGAAAGAAUGCUUAUGGCUAUGUUUACUGCAGUCCCCCAGUCUUUCCUUACGGAUUCUUUAUUUGCUGGUGUCUCAAUCUGUGCUUCAAUAUCGCCUGGCUGCUUGUUUGGGACCGAGCGUGGAUGAUUGCCGCGCUUGUUUUCCUAAUUCUGGUUGCUGGCACAAACUAUGGCAUGAUCUCUUUUGCCUGUCAUGGUCUUCACGUUUAUGGAGCCUGGCUCAAGGAAUACCACAAAGUGGACCUGUUGCUCAUUCGCAUACUGGUUCAAAAUGGUGUGAUGAUCUACACAGCAUGGACAACCAUUGCCACGCUCAUCAACUUGGCCAUUGUGCUGACCUAUACAGCAAAUGUGUCUCCCACAAAUGCUGCCACAGUGUGCUAUUGUAUUUUGACUUUCAUGCUACUUGCUUGGUUUUUCCUUCAGAAUGUAUUCCUUGACAAGCACAUGCGCUACGUCCUCAUUGACUACCCAGUUGUUAUCUGGGCGCUGGCAGGAAAUCUUGAUAAAAACUACAUUGCCGAAUCCCCGAGCCGUAGUGGCAUCUUCAUUGUUGUGCUGCUAGCAGCAGCGGUGUUGCUAUACAUCAUCCGCCUUGUCCUGGUGAUUUGGAGGCACUGCAAGCAGCCGCUGUACAAUGGCAUCAGCCUGGAAUCCAUGGACCCAAUGGAUAUUAACCAGCAGCAAAAAAGGGCAUUGAGAUGAAUUCCUUCUCAUGUUGUGUAUUUUUUUUACUAAAAUUUACCACUGCUAUCUGUUGUUGUUUUUUUACACACAGUUGGCCUCAUGUACAAAUGAUGUUAUGAUGUAAAUGAUGAUACGGAGUUAAAAAUGUACACAAAAUGAUGAUUCCAUUAACUGACAGUAUCUGUUAAUAUCCCUGGUUGAUCUCUCACGGACUAACUAACUAACUGAAGCUUUUACAGUUCCUGCCUGCUGAUAACAAUAUCCACAGACAAUA